AUGAGCGAGACCGCUGUAGAAUCUCCCGCCGAGGCCAUCGUCAUUCCCUCGGCGGAGCCCGUUCUCGCCGACACACCUCCGGCCCCCGAGACCUUUGAAAAGAGCCGCGAGAUCAACAACACCAACAACAGCAACAGUAAUAAAAAUAAUGUUACACCUAAAUCUUCUCCUCUUGCGCGACUCCUCAAGUCGCCCUCUGCCAUCGAUGCCUUCAUCCUGCACCUCAACCGUGUCAUCAAGACGCGUGGAGGCACAGACACCGUCCUCCUCUUCACCACAUAUUCCGCUCGUUUGAUCGGUGCUAUUCUCGAUAUCCUCGGCCGAACUAGUCUGCGCCACUCGGCCCGCAAGGUCGUCGAGAUGGCCUUUAAGCUGCCGCCUUCAACCUCCGUCGUCCUGUCCACUGCGACUGCACCGCCGCUCGCUACCAAGGCUCUCGCCUUGUCCAGGAAUAUCCAGGGCUUCACCUCCAUGAUGGGCGAGUGGCGCACCAUGAACCGUCUGUGGGGCAUCAUCGGCACAUAUCUCGAGGCUAGGGAUCUCGUCAUGCGUUUGCGCGGUCAACAGCUGGAUGAAAAUGGCCAAAGGGUACCUCCUCCGGACCGGGUCAACACUGCCUUUGCUGUUGUGCAGAUCCUUUUCAACUUCACAUACGCCAUCGGUGAGGGUGCUUGUUGGUUGACCUGUAAGGGCGCAAUCAACCUGUCGCAAAGCGUCAGCAACAAACUCGGUCUUUGGGCAGCUCGCUCAUGGGCCGCCUGGGUCGCCCUUGAACUCGUACGUUUGCUGGUUGAACGUGUGCGCAGGACGUCAAGUGGUGAUAUCGCUGUCGAGGAGGAGUGGAAGACGAACUGGAACGCUGCCUUCCUUGGCACGCUUCCCUGGAUGCCUCUGUCGGCGCACUGGGGCACCGAGACUGGCUUCUUGCCUGAGAUUGUGGUCGCGGCUAUCGCUACAUGGCCGGCUUCCAAGGCGAUGAAGAGCGUGUGGCGUCGGACAGCUUAG